GCGAGCGUGUAGUAUUUCUUUUUCGCUUCUUUCCCCCGAUGUCGUUGCAGCCCAUCCAAACGCUACUGGAAGGCAAGAAAAAGAGGAAACAAACGUCUUCAAUCCGCGCUGAAGCUUUGCAGGAAGGAGCACUGGGGGUUGUUGUCCGAGCGGGGAGAUAAUUUGACGGUACGAGGAGCAGCAGCUUGGCCGAGGAAUGGGCUCGGAGUGAGGGGACGGGGGAGCCAUCCAGCGCUUCUCUACUGCUACACUUGUGCAUGAACCCGGGGACUUUCUCACGCUUUAUUUCCGCCUCGUAUCCCAGCGGGAAGUUGUGUCCAAACCGCGUGGGGAGUAACUGAAGGUGAAGAGUCUGCGAAGACCUGUGUUGGGAUAAAAGCUGUAUUCAAAUCUAAAGAAAGGGCAGUGGAGUGAAGGCAGCUGACAACCAAGAACGGAGGCAAGGCGGACUGCACAACGCAAGAGGCCUGGGGAAAUCAUUAACUCCACGCUCGCGCAGUAUGACUGCCUGGAUCCCAGUCCUCCCACUGCGUUCCUGAGACUGUCAUCCACCUCCAGCCCUGGCCUCAAGGCCAGCUGAUAUACCCGCGGAACCUGCAUCAUCAUUCAUAUUUUCCAGCGUCACCCUGAGCAACAACACACCGGGUGCACUCCUUUUGGAGAAACGCCCAAAACCCACCUUCCGAGGACACCAGGGACCGGCCCCUAGGGACUGGCCCCUGUUAUGUUUUGUUGACCGACUCGUCCCAACCGGCGAAUGACAAGUGUGCAUCCGAGGGUGGGGCUUGCCUCAGUCUCUCAUGAUUGGCUGCUGGAUGGAAUUAAGGUGAAUGGAACACAUGCCCAAGGAGCAGGACUCUAACCCAUCAGAGGGAGAAGAGAAACAGUGGCUCAAUGGCCCAAAAAGGAAGAGGAAGAACAGCCAAUGUUCGGUGAAGAGCAUGACUGUAUGGAAAAAAGAACAAACUGUGCCUUUUCUGAGUCUAAAGCAGAGGAACGACUGUGAAGGUUUUUUCCGUAGGACCAUUCAGAAGAACCUCCACCCGGCCUACUCCUGUAAGUACGAUGGUUGCUGCAUCAUUGACAAGAUCACCCGCAACCAGUGCCAGCUGUGCCGCUUCAAGAAGUGCAUUGCUGUGGGCAUGGCCAUGGACUUGGUACUGGAUGACUCAAAGCGGGUGGCUAAACGGCGCCUGAUUGAGGAGAACAGGGAGCGGCGUAAGAAGGAGGAGAUGGUAAAAUCCCUCCAGACCCGUCCGGAGCCCACGGGGGCCGAGUGGGAGCUGAUCCGCUUGGUGACGGAAGCCCAUCGUCACACCAAUGCUCAGGGCGCACAGUGGAAGCAGAAGCGCAAAUUCCUGCCAGAGAAAAUCGGCCAGUCUCCAGUCGCUCCAACAUCAGACGGAGACAAGGUGGACCUGGAGGCCUUCAGCGAGUUCACCAAGAUCAUCACUCCCGCCAUCACCCGUGUCGUUGACUUUGCCAAAAAACUGCCCAUGUUCUCUGAGGGUGUAUCAGAGCUGUUGUCUAGCGGGACAGCUGUAGUGACAGAGCAGUACGACUAUCGCUCAGGCCUGACCUGUACGGAAAAGAUCGAGAAGUGCCAGGAGACGUACCUGCUGGCGUUCGAGCACUACAUCAACUACCGCAAGCACAACAUUCCCCACUUCUGGCCGAAGCUUCUGAUGAAGGUGACGGACCUGCGGAUGAUCGGGGCGUGCCACGCCAGUCGCUUCCUUCACAUGAAGGUGGAAUGUCCCAACGAACUCUUUCCCCCGCUCUUCUUAGAGGUCUUCGAGGACCAGGAGGUGUGAGACACGCUCGCCGGCACGCAAAGGGAAGAGAAAGUUGGAGCGAAACAGAAGAUGGGUUAGUCCAUCGCGUUUGCGGGGGAAGAAUGGAGGGAGAAUCCUCUCUGCAGGAAUCUGCAUUUCUCUGACAUCACAUUCACAGUAUGUGGUUUUAAAACUGGAAACAACAAUAUCAGAAACAACACACCAGCAACAGGAGAGUGAAGCAAACAGAGGAUUUUGUUUUGUGAACACCCUCUUCUCCACCUCUUUCUCCUCCUUAUACCAACCCCUGUUUUAAAAUCUGUUUGGGGGCCCUUCUGUCUGAGCAUGAUGUCUUAUCUAGUAAGAGUUGUAGCCAUUUGCCAAGACACAAACACACACAGAGACACACACACACACACUCACAGCCAGUUCCACCUCAGUUCUUCAGGGCAGCACUCUUUGGAGGGUCAGUUUCCCCUCCUUGGUUUUAUUGUAGCGGUCACAGAUUUACACUUGUCUUGAAGCCCAUGUUUCCAGCGUCAAAGCUGGCCAGCACCUCUCAGUAUUAUUUCUGAAUAAGUGUUAAGGCAUUGAUUCAGAAGGUAUGGACAGUAGUGUCAUAUUGUUGCUCACAGUCAUGCAGGCGCACGCAAUUAGCAGACACUGCACAUAAAAAUUUCAGCAGACGUAAACGUUUCCGUGGUGUGUAACGGCUGCGGUAAAGCAGAGCAGCCGCACCACUUAUCAAUUACUCAACUCAAUCUGAGCCAUGACAGCUGUUUUUGGAGCUUGUUCUUCUCAUAUCCCUGUGAAACCGGUGCUAUAUUUAUAUAAGGCUACUCCAGUUUUAUGAAAUUGUGUUCUCUUUGAAAAACAUACAGACCAUGGCUUGAUAUCUACCUUCAUUUUUGUCAUUGGACCGGUUCCUGUGACAUACAACGCACACAUACGCGCGCACACACACACACACGAGCAGACUUGCCUUGUCAUUGCCUAUGCUGCUUGUGCCAGCAGCCUACCAUCUUAUGAAUGACAAGUAAGCCCUUCUCUGUCUGAAGAGUUACAGCAUUGAAGGAAGGGAAGGAAGAGGAAAAAGAAGGGGGAGGAGAAAGGGAGAUGCUUAGAGGGGAGGUGGGAGAAAAGGAAGGCGCAGGGACAGAGAGAGGAAUUACAACGUAAAAGCUGGAUUGUAGAUUCUGAGCCAGAGGUCAGAAGUAAAUCUCCCACACCCAACCUCCGAGGAGGUUCUGAAUAGCAGCAAACACCAGCAAGACGGCAGGCCUCUUCACAUACACACUGACUCUCUUUUUGUCUUUUUAACACACACACACACACACGAAAACACACAUCACCUCAGAGUAACGUGAAUGCCUCAUUUUACUGAAUGCACUGCACGGCAGUGUUGAUAUACAGCCCUAACCUGCAGGGUUUGUACAGAGUCCUCUUUUCGUGGGCUCAACUCAGUGUGGCCCCUCCAGGCUUCCAUACACAUUUGCCUUCUGUUUUGUUUUGUUUUUUUCUUGUUUCUUGGUUAUUUUAUUCUAUUUUUUUUAUUUUUUUUUUUACCAUGGGCGUCACUGAGAGCAGGCAAAUGCCAAGAAGGCUACCAUUUACCUCAAAGUGGACACACCCCUAGGCUCGGGCAGCAUUACUGCCCCUGUGGUGUCAGGCACUACCUCACCUCUGUGGACACAGGGCAGCUGCCCACAGCCUACACACAGACAUACACCAUUCGAGUUGGAGUAUGUGUAGAAUGAUACACAGAUGUGCAUAGUUGCACACUCGUAGUCAUGGAAAGACAAAAACACUCGCAGAAUACACACAUACACACAGCGCUGUCACUUGGUUCAAAUGAAAUGCCACUGAAGACAGGAGGGCCAACCAUCCCCCUGGAAGGUUUUACCCCCUUCCAGGGAGUGGUACCCAUAACAUUCGGGUUAUCUCUUCUUCUUUCUUUUUUUUCUUUUUUUUUUUUUAUCAAGCGGGACCAAGUGUCAUCUUUUCAAAUUGGGAUUUACCAGUUUCUCUAAAGACAGAAACCGGCUCGCAGAAGCAACGAAGGACAGCGUGGGAUGUGCAGCCCAUUAAAGCAAAAAGCAGCAAGAGGAACGAUUACACGGAGUAACCGAAAAGUCGAGGUGGCCACGCCCGUCAAAUCGGCACGUGGUGACGACGUACCACGCUACACUUAUGAUAGCUGCCACUGGAGCUUGGUAAAUGUUUUCAUGGAAAAUUUCAGCUUUCUGUCAUGCAUGGGCAGUGUGUUUGACAUAAAAAAAUUAUGGAGUGAAGCCUCCUCGCAGGCAACUCAAUCGCACUUCUAGCUCCCCAACGCUCACUACUAUAGCAGUAAUAUCUCGGCUCAAACAUCCAUGGCAGAUAUGAUAAGUUUACCCUCCAAAUGACCAUACAGGAGUGUUUGAUUUGAUUUCAAAAGCUCACUCUGUUCAAUCCAAUUCUGGGGCCAAGCCAAAUCUCACUGGGUUGAAAGAAAUCUAGUCUAUUUUCUAUCCAAUACCAAGCAGUAGUUUAUACUGGGCACAUGCACAGGAUGGGUUAUCCACACCUCCUCAGAGCUUGAGUGCAGUUGGGAGGGGAGAGGGACUGGAACGCCAUCUUUGGGCACAGCGGUGGAGUCUGGUUUGACUCUUCCUAAAGUGCAUCACCACCUCUAGAGAUCCAUUCUAGAGGAUUCUACCCUCCUCUUGUCCAGUCCGUGACACUGCCCUUUCUGGAGCCUAGCUCAAGUCUAACCCCCCCCCUCCCGCCAUCAAUAUGAUAACAGACCCCACUCAGCCAGGCUGGUGGGAGUUUUUGCACUAAUGCAACACCCCAUAAACUCUCCUUUUCAGGUUAGUUUUCCCAAUUAAAAUUGAUCACAAUUGGGUAUCCUGAGCUGCUCUGUUUAACGGGGCCUUUGCACUUUGCAGUGGGCUCGGCCCUAAACCUGUCCUGUUGUCAGCAUUACACCAGUAGAGCCAAAACAGCCCAAAAGCAGUGGGCAGAGACCCCUCCCUAGGAGGGCUUUUUCUUUAUCCGUGUAGUACUCGCUGUCCCAUACUAGAGCCCACUCAAAGUUCACUUUAAGCCCUCUUCUGGACACUGAGAAUCCUCUCCUUUACCCAAAGCAUCCUAGCUGUCACCACUGAGCAGUUCAUACCCAGUUUUGUCCAGAUUCAUUCACACCAAACAGGAUCCAGGCCUUGUGAAACAAGGCUGGCCAUAACUGCCCUUUUAGAGUGGCGCCACCAAUUGAAUGUGACCGACAAAGCAGCAGGGACGAGAGACCGGAGUGUGAGAAUGCGUGGAUGCAAGAGAAGAAGAAAGGACAGGAAACAAACAAACAAACAAACAAACAAACAAAAAAAAGCCGAGGGCCUCAACCCUCACUGCCAUCAUUGACAUGGGCGAGAGGGGGUGAUGUGGCUGGUUGCAGAGACAAUGUCGUCAAACACAGGGAGGAAGGGCAGAUGUCCCCUUCGGCUCCCACGCAGCCCCGCGCAAACCCCCGCUCCCGUGCCAGCUGACGACCCCAAAUGUCCUCCCUCAGCUCCCACUGUAAGGAUUACCUCCAACGUUCAGAUUGUGAGGAUCAGGAAGACAGAUCCGGCAUUCCUGAGAUGCAGGUUUGGGAUUCCAACACAUCUUUGUAAAAGAACCGAAAAAGAAAUCGACGGCCUUUGUUGUUGUGAGCUGACUGGGUAUGUGCGUGUGACAGUCGGGGUUAUAAUGCUGCUUUUUACCUUCUGAGUCUGAUGUAGAUUAAGAAAACAAAAGAUAUAUGAAAAGGAUUUUACAUCCGUCAAACAAUAUGAAAAAAAAGAUGACUUUAAAAAAAAAAAAAAGACUCCUGAACAAAAUUA